AUGGAUCUAAAACACCUGGGCUGAAAAUUCACUAUAGGUGAGCUCUUGAAUUCUAGUGCUUUCAGCCCAGAUGGAAAAUAUCUGUGUUUUACAACUUAUAAGGAUUUUCUAUAUGUGAUAGCAAAUGCCGAAGAACGAUUUUGGACAGCUGAGUUUGCAAGAAGUAAAGAAAUAGUCAGAAUUACAAACAUUAUAAGUCCGUCUAUCAUUCAAAAUCAGCAAUAA